AUGUGGUUUCUACCACUACUAGCCGCUCAAGGGGACAAGCGGUCGUUGUACUAUUUAUCCCACAUUAAAUCACAACCGUCGCAUCGACUUCCCUUACCAGAUAAUGCAACGGAUCCUCUCCAAGUUGUCAUCAGCGGACAGAUACGACUAGAGAAAGGAGAUUUGGAAAAUGCUGCACAAGAGUUCAAGAAGGCGAUGGCCAUGUCCAAGCCUGUUGAAGCCCCCGAUAGCUUUGACGCUCUGUUCCCUACCAAGGUUCGCCAGCCCUGGGAAGCCUACGGUUCUGUAAUGCAGUCGUUGGGAAACCACGACGCAGCAAAUGAGGCUUAUACCAUUGGUGCCAUAGAGUACGAUAGCUCUCAAGCGCACAAACUACUCCUAUCAACUAUUCUACAGUCUGGUAACUUGAUCAAGUAUGAGGAGUAUCUUACCAAGGUUGCCAUGGGUAAUGAUAUACUAGCUUGUUACCAGCUAGGGAACUUAUAUCUCACUCUGUACCUUAUACAGAGUGAACUUGGAAAAAGAGGAUCCGGCCGAAACAAAGAAGAAACGCAGCUUGCAUCACGGUAUACGAAGGAUGAAAGUCGGCAACUAGCCACUGAAUGGUAUGAGAUCGCCAUCGCAGGCGGCCAUGCACAGGCAGCACUUGUUAUGGCUGGGUUACUACGGCAGCAAAAUAAGCAUGAGGAAGGAUUGAGAUAUCUAGAGCUCGCGGAAGCAAACUCAGGCCAUUCUGAACGCACUGCGAAACUACGUGGAUCAUGGCAUGAUGUGCAGUUUACUGUUGAUUUGAAAGACUUGAUGAGCUUGCAUUUCUGGAGUUACGCAAUGUGCUGGGAUCGCCAGCUUCGACUGUUAACCGAAGCCACAUGGAAGCAAUGGAAGUGGAUGUUUCUAGCGCUGUAA